CUCCACGUUCCCGAUGAGCGCCGCCGCUCUGGGCCUUCCCGAGCCCGGCUCCAGCCCUGCGCAGGAGCGGAGAGCCGGCUGGGAGCGAAAGCGCUGCGGGGGAGUUGAGGCGCUGCUCCGGACGGAAGGGAAAUACCUCGAGCAGCUCGAAGGGGUUGCCACGUACUUUGUGGUCAUCCUGAAGGCCAAGGGGAUCUUGAAGCCAGAAGUACAUGAGGCUGUCUUUGGAUCCUGGGAAUCCAUCUGCUCUGCCAGCCGGACACUCCUUUUUCACCUGGCAAGGGGUCAUUUUGCACUUGGACUACAGGGUUUCUGCCACCAGCUGGUGUUCUAUGUCCACCAUGCAGAAAAUCUGGAGCAGGCUCAGAACACCCUGGAGAAACUGGUAAAGAAGAACCAAGCUUUUUCCCGCUUUAAGAAACUUCAGGAAUCCCGCCCAGAGCUUAAAGGUCACCGGCUGGAAGAGCUGCUGCUGCUACCCCUGCAAAGGCUCCAUCAGUAUAGGCACCUGCUGCAAGAUUUGGUGAAGCAUACUCCCCCAGAGAGCUCUGGGUUUGAUCAACUUCAAGGGGCUCUAAAGUCUGUCUUGGAGGUCCUGCACCGAGUCCAGGAAAUUGCUUGUGUCCGUGAGAACUUGGAGGUGAUGAGGCAGGUUCAGAAACGGCUCAAGGGACAGAAGACCCAAGUGCUGGCUCCAGGGCGCUGGUAUCUUCAGGAAGGGUGGCUGAUGGUUGUACCCUCCAAGGGAAAGGAAAUGAAGCACAGGAUGUUCUUCCUUUUCUCUGAUAUCUUGUUGUUAACAAAGCCUUGCCACCCACUCCACCCCUGGAAUUCACACAAGUUUGCUUGCCGGGCAGUAUAUCCUCUCAGUCACUGCGUUGUGGAGAAGGUGUUCGGUCACACCCAAAGCCAAGGAGGGCUGCUCAGUCUUUCCUUCCCACAAAAAAAAUUACUGUUGAUGUCUUGUGAUCAGGAGGACUUUGACAAAUGGCACCAGAACCUAGUGAUUGCUAUCAGAGAAUUGCAAGUCAGUGCCAGCCCACCCUCCCAGAAGGUUGAGUGACCCAGGGGAACGUGCAGCAAGCUGCGAAGAGGCCUGUGUAUUAUUAUAGAUGUAAUAAGCAAAUCACUGAAGACUUAUUUUCAAAUGUAUCUUGUUCUGCAAUGUCUGAAUGUAAAAUCCACUUGAGGCACCCUUUCCUUCAUUGAUUGCACUCCCAAUAGGUUGGGGCUGUCUGCAGUGAUACUGCCUGGAAUGCUGAACACUGUAGAGAGAGGAUGGAUAGGGAAAAUACAGUUUUGUAACUGUCAAAGGAAUAAAUGUUUUCAGAAUAUGCAUUUAAUUUUCAAGUUUAUGCACAAUAUAUUUUGAUUUUAAAAUGUUUGCAAUAUGUUAAAUCAUUUUUUUAACAGACACUUGCUUUAAGAAAAUGUUAGUGAUGACUUAAAGACAGCCUAAUAAUAUAAUAAUUAGUAGGUAACUGUACUUUUUUUUUAAAGAGAAGGCCAUGUGAGGAAAUAGAUAUCAGAACUACAGGAAAGAAGUCUAAUUUACUACAUUUGCCAGAUUUUGGUAUUUAGUGUAUUUUCAAGAGGAACAGCUGUAUCCACUUGUCAUAGCAACACUGUAGGAAAUCACACAGCCUGCUGUGGAUGACAGAGGACAAGCAUCCAAUCUUGUGUUAUCGAAGUCCAUGCUGAUUCAAGCAUUGUAAGUCAUAUGCUUUUUAAAAAAUGCACAAUGCAAAAAGAUAUAAUAAAUAUUCAAUACAACAAAUGUUUCAUGCUUUCCCCCCAGAAUUUUAUUUAUUCGAUUUGUAUGGCUGUC